CUGCCUGUAGUGUGUGGGCUGGGGUUGGUGCGGGCUUCCAGCUUGGCCGCACUUGGUCCCUAGUUCGGCUCCGGGGGCUUUUGUGUCCGGGUCUGGCUUGGCCUUGUGUCCGUGAGUUUUUGCUCCUCUCCGCGGCGUUCCUCCCGGGCAGGAGCCGUGAGGCUCGGAGGCAACACCGCGGCCCCCGACCAGGAGCAAGCGCGCCAGCUUGAGCGGCGGCGGCGAAGACUGCGGGGAGGGGGCUUCGCAGAUCCCCGAGAUGCCGGAGUUCCUGGAAGACCCCUCGGUCCUGACGAAAGAGAAGUUGAAGAGUGAGUUGGUUGCCAACAAUGUGACGCUGCCGGCCGGGGAGCAGCGCAAAGACGUGUACGUCCAGCUCUACCUGCAGCACCUGACGGCGCGCAACCGGCCGCCGCUCGCCGCCGGCGCCAACAGCAAGGGGUCCCCGGACUUCUCCAGUGACGAGGAGCGCGAGCCCACCCCGGUCCUCGGCUCUGGGGCCGGCGCCGCGGGCCGGAGCCGGGCCGCCGUUGGCAGGAAAGCCACAAAGAAAACUGAUAAACCCAGACAGGAUGAUAAAGAUGAUCUAGAUGUAACAGAGCUAACUAAUGAAGACCUUUUGGAUCAGCUUGUGAAAUACGGAGUGAAUCCUGGUCCUAUUGUGGGAACAACCAGGAAGCUAUAUGAGAAGAAGCUUUUGAAACUGAGGGAACAAGGAACAGAAUCAAGAUCUUCUACUCCUCUGCCAACAGUUUCUUCUUCAGCAGAAAGUACAAGGCAGAAUGGAAGUAAUGAUUCUGACAGAUAUAGUGACAAUGAAGAAGACUCUAAAAUAGAGCUCAAGCUUGAGAAGAGAGAACCACUAAAGGGCAGAGCAAAGACUCCAGUAACACUCAAGCAAAGAAGAGUUGAGCACAACCAGAGCUAUUCUCAAGCUGGAAUAACUGAGACUGAAUGGACAAGUGGAUCUUCAAAAGGCGGACCUCUGCAGGCAUUAACUAGGGAAUCUACAAGAGGGUCAAGAAGAACUCCAAGGAAAAGGGUGGAAACUUCAGAACAUUUUCGUAUAGAUGGUGCAGUAAUUUCAGAGAGUACUCCCAUAGCUGAAACUAUAAUGGCUUCAAGCAACGAAUCCUUAGUUGUCAAUAGGUUGACUGGAAAUUUCAAGCAUGCAUCUCCUAUUCUGCCAAUCACUGAAUUCUCAGACAUAUCCAGAAGAGCACCAAAGAAACCAUUGACAAGAGCUGAAGUGGGAGAAAAAACAGAGGAAAGAAGAGUAGAAAGGGAUAUUCUUAAGGAAAUGUUCCCCUAUGAAGCAUCUACACCAACAGGAAUUAGUGCUAGUUGCCGCAGACCAAUCAAAGGGGCUGCAGGCCGGCCAUUAGAACUCAGUGAUUUCAGGAUGGAGGAGUCUUUUUCAUCUAAAUAUGUUCCUAAGUAUGUUCCCUUGGCAGAUGUCAAGUCAGAAAAGACAAAAAAGGGACGCUCCAUUCCCGUAUGGAUAAAAAUUUUGCUGUUUGUUGUUGUGGUAGUUUUUUUGUUUUUGGUCUAUCAAGCUAUGGAAACCAACCAAGUAAAUCCCUUCUCUAAUUUUCUUUCUGUUAACGCUACAAAAUCCAACUGAAUGGUAUCUCUUUGGCACAGUCAACUUGGUCUCCUAUUUUUAAUAACUGUGUUGAAAAACAUUUGUGUACACUUGAUGACUCCAAGAACUAAAAAUAAUGUGAUUUUGCCUCAGUAAAUGUAGUAUUCCAUUGAAAAGCAAACAAAAUAUAUAUAAAUGGACUUCAUUAAAAUGUUUUUGAACUUUGGACUAGUAGGAGAUCACUUUGUGCCAUAUGAAUAAUCUUUUUUAGCUCUGGAACUUUUUGUAGGCUUUAUUUUUUUAAUGUGAGCAUAUUAUUUCAUUUUUUAAAAAUGUCUAUGUUUUUUGUGUAUUUGGGAAACAAGAAGGGCAAAACAUGGUAGUAUAAUGUGAAGCAACACAUUUAAAUACUUAGAAUUCUUACAGAAAAGAUUUUAUGAAUUCUCUGCUGAAUAAAAACUACAAACGUGAGACAAUGAAAUUCAGUAAGAGGAAAAGUAACUUGGUUGUACUUUGUGUAACUGCAACAAAGUUUGAUGGUGUUUAUGAGGAAAAGUACAGCAAUAAUGUCUUCUGUAACCUUUAUUAAUAGUAAUAAUAUUGUUGCAGCCCUAUCAUACUUUUUAAGACUUACAGUAUCAUGAAAGUCCUACUUCAGUAGACCCAUUUAUAUACAAUUGAUUUUUAGCAGAGAUCAUUUAGUGUAACAUACACAUAUUUUAGAGAAUUGUUAGCUAGCUAUUUAUGUUUUAAAAAGCUGUUAGCUAGCUAUAAGGCUAUAAUCAGUCAAUCCAGUUUGCAACCAAAAUAUGUUUUGGAUAAGUGUAUGUAUGUUUAGAAGUUAGAAAUUGUAAACACUGGUCUUACGUUUCACUUAGAUUCAUUAUUGCAUUGUCUAGUUACCAAAAGGAAAUUUUGCCAAGUUUUUUUUGCCCUGUAUUUCCCAGCAUAAUUUGAUUAGAAAGUACAGAAAGGGCCGGGCAUGGUGGCUCACGCCUGUAAUCCCAGCAUGUUGGGAGGCCCCUACGGAAAGAUCAUGAGAUCAGGAGAUUGAGACCAUCCUGGCCAUAAAUGGUGAAAUCCUGUCUCUACUAAAAAUACAAAAAAAUUAGCUGGGCGUGGUGGCGUGCGCCUGUAGUCCCAGCUACUUGGGAGGCUGAGGCAGGGGAAUCGCUCAAACCUAGGAGGUGGAGGUUGCAGUGAGCCAAGAUCACGAUACUGCACUCCAGUCUGGCAACAGAGCGAGACACUGUCUCAAAAAAGUACUUGCUUUUAUUUUACAUCAUACGCAGUAGUUAAUAAAGUUGUAUACUCUGAAUAAGAGGUGGGCAUUAUGAUUUUUUUUGUUUUUAAAUUUUUAAAUUUUAUUUUUAUUUUUUGAGACAAAGUCUCACAUUUGUCACCCAGGCUAGAGUGCAGUGGCACAAUUACAGCUCACUCCAACCUCUGCCUCUUGGGUUUAAGCAGUUCUGCCUCAGCCUCCGAGUAGCUGGGAUUACAGCUGCCUGCCACCAUGCCUGGCUAAUUUUUGUAGUUUUAGUAAAGAUGGGGUUUUACCAUGUUGGCCAGGCUGGUCUUGAACUCCUGACCUCAAUUGAUCCAUCCGCCUUGGCCUCCCAGAGUGCUGUGAUUAUAGGCAUGAGCCACUGUGCCCAGCUGGCAUUAUGAUUUGUGUACUCUUGAAAUGGUUCUUUGUGGUUGAUUUUUUUUUUAAGCUGAAAUUUACCUCAUGAAUUACCUGGUUACGUAAAGUAGUAGGUGAUGAAAAUUUCAAUAGAAUUAAAUAAGACGUAAACAUUUUAAACUGACUCAUUUGAGUUUCAACUUUACAGUCAUUGGCCAUAAAGCACACUAAAAAUGUAAGUUAUUUUUAAAUAUCAUCUGAAAUAAAGAUACUCUUUAAAAAGGAAGAAGCUGAAAAUGUAUAUUUAGACCAGCACACAAUUUUGGUUUCAGUUAGCCCUGUUCUGAUAUUUAACUUUUAUAUAGUUUGUACACAUUUUCACAUACUUUGCAAUUAAGACCAGAAAGACUUGGAGGUCUUUCUGCAGAGUGAACAAGUCCUACAGAGUGAGUGGGAAGCUUACUCCUAUAUCAGAAAUGUUUGCCUCUCUGAGUAAAAGUGUUUCUUUGAGAUGAGCCAUAGAGGGGGCACCUUUUACUCAACUUUUCUUUGUUUUUAAACUUUGUUUCCCAUAUUGUUUUCAGUCUUUUGUUUAUGAUUAGAAAUUGUGAGAAGCUUCAUUUAGUGUUUAAAAAUGUGGGGAGAUAAAUCAGACUUAACAUGUAUGUAAGAUCAAUUCACUUUAAAGUAUGGUCCAAAUAGCAAAAAUAGGACCAGGUAAAACAUGUAGUCAUAUUUUAAAAACAUGUACUUGGUCUUUUGUGUGUGUCUGUUUUAUUCCAUUAGAAUAAAUGUGUCCUUGAUGUAAAUGCAAAGCAUUUCUUUCUGAUUAAAUUGUAGAUGUAGACUUUACAAUAUAAUUCAAUAAUAAAAAAGUAAUUAACCUCUAA